AUGACUACGGCUGAACCACCUCCACCACCUCCACCCGCUCCAGAGCCGCUUCAGAAGAAAGUGGAGAUGACUCCAGGGUUACUAAAUAAUCCAAAGAGCAAGGCGGAAAAAGUUGAAGCUCCAAAAGCAUCAGAUGGCCAAGAAGUGAAGAAGGGUGAAGAAGGAAAAGAGAAGAAAGAGAAGGAACAAGAGAAGAAAUCAGAGAAGACGGAUGAUAAGAAAUCCAAAAAAGAAGGGGAGAAAUCCAAAAAGACUACUACUGAAGAGGGAAAAGAAAAAGGAGGAAAGAAUGAAAAGAAGAAGAAGGAAGAACCAAAGAAAGUGGAUCCAAAGGGGAAGGAUGCAUUCAAAAAACCAGAGGAUGAGAAUGCUGUUGUUCCUAAAAAAGAUCCAAAUUAUCAGACAUUGUGUGGUCUGAAUAACGAUCUAUUCGGACCAGAUAAAAAUCCGAAGAAACAGUUUAAAGCUCCAACAAAGGUUGAGAAGGCUGAUGUUAAAGAUCCCCAAUACGAAACACUGAACGGACUCGGAGAAGAUCUUUUCAAGGACGAAAAGAAGGAUGAUGAUGGAAAGAAGAAGGAAUUCAAACCUCCAGAGAAAGUGGCGAAAGCAGACGCAAAGGACCCUCAAUAUGAAACGUUGAAUGAGGUGGACAAGGGAAUUUUUAAUAAUAAUAAUGAGGAGAAGAAGUCGAAAAAGGAAGAAGUAGAGAAGAAAAAGGACGGGGAAAAGAAGGAGGAGAAAGAAGAGAAAAAGGAAGAGAAGGAUGAAGAGAAGAAAGAGGAUAAAAAGGAGGAAAAGGUGAAGAGUGAGGAGAAGAAGAACUGA